CGAGAAUAUAUAACAUAAUCAAGCUAAGAAGAAGCUAAGACCACUCAUUUAAAGCAGAAGAUGUUAGGAGAGCUCAUAACCCACAGCUUAGUAUUGGUUCUUGGGUAUGCGUACCCAGCUUUUGAAUGCUUCAAAUGUGUGGAGAAGAACCGAGUUGACAUCCAACAACUGCGCUUUUGGUGCCAAUAUUGGAUUGUUGUGGGCUUAGUGAGAGUUAUUGAAAGUGUUGGUGACAUUUUCAUUUCAUGGAUACCAAUGUACAGUGAGGUGAAGUUGGCACUUUUUAUAUACUUGUGGUAUCCAAAAUCCAAGGGGACAACAUACAUAUAUGGAGCAGUGUUGAAGCCAUUUGUAUCAGAGCAUGAAGGGGACAUUGAAAGAAGUGUCCUACAGUUGAAGGAUAGAGCAUGGGACUUGGUCCUCUUUUAUUGGCAAAAUUGUACAGAUUUGGGACAAGAAAAGUUCUUUAAUCUCCUUGAUUUCUUGGCUACUGGAAGAAUGCUUACUACUCCUCAAUCCUCCAACUCCAAGCAUAAAGAUGAUGACCAGCAAUGCGCUGGAGCUCCGGCCGGUCCCCUCCCUCCGCCUCCCGCCACCGUCAAAUCAGGCUUUUUCCGGCGGCACAAAUAGCCUACCCUCAGCUCCAGCGGCUAUUUCUCUGUACAAAUUCCGGCGACCCACUGCACCCGCUCCCUUAUUAGUUGAUUCAUUCCAACUCCUAAAUGACUUGUCUCUGAUCUAUUUAAAAAAAGAACUAAAUUAUGUGUACUCCAGUGCCCUACUUUAUAUCCCGAAAGCAUGCACUAACAUUUUAUACUAGUGUAAUGCUAGUAUGAGUUUACAACGACACAAAAUGUCAAUGUAAUUUCUUUUAAUGACUGACAUUUUUGUGCCGGUUUGAAUUCUUAAAAUAUAUAUGAAUUCUUUUAAGGUAGUAUACCCUAGCAUGGUUGUUUAAAAAAACAUCUUUGUACUA